CCGCGACUCGCCACGCGGCCGACGGGGAGUCCGACAGAAUCACCUCUCGUCUCGUCUCGUCCUCUUCAUUCGCGAGCGGGCGCGCCUCGCGCCACGCCGUCGCCACAGUCACCACAACCCACCAGCGCGCAGCUCGGCAGCCCGCUGCCGUCUUAGACGUACGGCCCUUCGUAGCUGUGCCGCGCCAUGGAGCUAAUGGUACGAGCGGCGGCGGCGUCCUCCUCCCCGCACCCCUCGCUCCCGCUCCCACACCGCGCUCGCGCCCACGCCCCCGGCCGGUCCGGUCCCCGCCGCCCCGGGUUCCCUACUCUCCGCGCAGCUGCCGCGGCGGCAAUCGCCGCGGAGCCGGAAACAAAAGAACAGCAGGAUAAACUUUCAGAAACCGAGGUGUUUGCAUGCCCUGUUUGCUACGAACCAUUGACAAGGAAAGGGCCACCAGGCAUGAACUUGCCCGCAAUUUAUAGGUCCGGAUUCAAGUGUUCAACAUGCAGCAAGUCAUUUAGUAGCAAAGACAUCUUCUUGGACCUCACUGUUACUGCAGGGACAAAAGAAUACAGUGAACUGAAGCCUGCUAGAACAGAGCUGUUCAGGAGCCCGCUUGUCUCAUUUCUGUAUGAGAGAGGGUGGCGCCAAAACUUCAACCGAAGUGGCUUCCCUGGUCUUGAUGAAGAGUUUCAAAUGGCUCAAGAUUAUUUCCAACCUGUUGCUGGUGGUAUCCUUCUUGAUGUCAGCUGCGGCAGUGGUUUGUUUACUAGAAAGUUUGCAAAAUCUGGGGCAUACUCAGCUGUGAUUGCUUUGGACUUCUCCGAGAAUAUGCUCCGCCAAUGUUAUGAAUUCAUUAAGCAAGAUGAUACUCUCCUUAACACGAAUCUAGCACUUGUAAGGGCAGAUAUUUCAAGGCUCCCUUUCGCUUCUUGUUCUGUAGAUGCCAUCCAUGCUGGAGCUGCUAUCCAUUGUUGGCCCUCACCCUCUAACGCGGUAGCUGAAAUAAGUCGUGUCCUGAGGCCUGGUGGUGUGUUUGUGGGGACAACCUUCUUAUCCUCUCCCAGGAACAAUCCUUUCUCUGUUGAAGCAUUAAGGCCACUGAGACAGAUUGUUGGACCGGUUAACACCAGCUACAAUUACUUUACUGAAGGAGAGCUAGAAGACUUGUGCAAAUCCUGUGGUCUUGUGAACUAUACCAGCAAGGUUCAGAGGUCAUUUAUCAUGUUCUCUGGUCAAAAGCCAUAGUCAAGAAAUCCCUCCAAUCGCUACACCUGAAGUCCUUUGUACAAUGCUUUGUGUAGUAUUUGCAUAUAUUACAUUUAAACAGAGAAUAAUUACCAAGAAUUCCUCUUUUCUUUUUAAAUGCGCGUUCCUGGAACAAUGAUGUAACAAAAAUACAUGCUGCAGAUUCUUGAAAAACACUUACGAGUGCUCUAAACUGUUUCGUGAGCUAGCACA